AUGCAUGAAGAAGAACAACUUCAUGAUGACAAAAAGACAGGCAGUGACGCCUUAAAACAGGCUGGAGAAGUACUUGGCCAGUGCGCUCAAAGUGCAAUGGAUGUUGAAGUUCUUUGCAUGGAUCAUUUAAGAAAAAGUAGUGAUACUAGAGACUCCACUUCUGAAGCUGCAACUCUAUGUAAACCAGGAAAAACCCAUGCAUUGAUAAGAGAUGAAGCUCAAGUUUUAUCAAGUGCUGAUCCUAAAGCAACAGAAACCCCUCAUUUAGGCAGAUCACUUCCUUAUUUGGACUUGUCUGUUAUCCCCACUGAUUCAUGUGGCACUGUGGAAUGCAAUGUUGACUUAAACUUGAGUUCUCAGAAGCAACCUGACCUGGUUGCGCCAAAAACUAUGUGGGACUCCUUGGAUUCUACUAGCAGAAAUAAUGCCACUGUAUUGCAUGAACUGUCUCCUCCAGAAAUCUGCAAAGAUGAUGAUAAAGUUAGUCCUCUAUUUUCCAAGGAAAUUACACCAAAAAAACAGUGUAUGCAGCUAUUUUCAGAAGAAAAAACCAGUGACAUUUUUCGCUCAGUGACAACACAGCCUGUGGCGGCGGCUUCUAUAGCUUCAGGACAAAGGAGAAAUUCUUCAGUUGGGAGGCAAAAAUAA